CUUGCUGUAGCUGCGCUCUCAUACUGUCAUGGCGGCCCAGUGUCCGCUGCAUGUGUGUGUGUGAGAGAGUGUUGUGAUGUUCGCUGUGUGUUAGGAUGAGAGUGAUGAUGAUGAUGAGGUGUGGGAUGAAGGCUCGGCUCGGCUGGGCUCGGCUCGCGGCUGUCAGAGGCUUUCAUGAGCGGACAGUGGCAGUGAGUUUAGCGGACAGGAGGAUGGAGAUCUCCACUGGGAAACUCGCCCGCUUCGCUGACGGCUGUGCGGUGAUCAAGCUGGGUGAGACGUCAGUGAUGGUGACCGCGGUCAGUAAGACCAAACCGGCCACUGCUCAGUUCAUGCCGCUCGUGGUGGAUUACAGGCAGAAAGCAGCGGCUGCAGGACGAAUCCCCACCAACUACCUGAGACGAGAACUGGGCACCACCGACUCCGAGAUCCUGACCAGCCGGCUGAUCGAUCGCUGCAUCAGGCCGCUGUUUCCCGCCGGAUACUUCUACGACACACAGGUGCUGUGUAAUAUCCUGGCCGCGGAUGGAGUCAAUGACCCUGAUGUUCUGGCCAUCAACGGAGCGUCUGCGGCUCUGGCUCUGUCUGAUAUCCCCUGGAACGGACCCAUCGGAGCGGUGCGCGUCGGCCUCGUGGACGGAGAGUUCCUCAUCAACCCCACGCGCUCGGAGAUGAACGGCAGCAAACUCAACCUGGUGAUCGCCGGAGCCCCGUCCAGCCAAGUGGUGAUGAUGGAGGCGGCGGCGGAUAACGUCCUGCAGCAGGACUUCAGUCACGCGGUGAAGCUCGGCGUCAAGCACACGCAGCAGAUCAUCCAGGCCAUCCAGCAGAUGAGCCGCGAGAUGAAGAUCAGCAAGCGCACUCCUGCCAGACUCUUCACCGCUGCUCCAGAGAUGCUGGACUACACUCGACAGUUGGCGUCUGAUAAGAUCUACGCUGUAUUUACAGACUUCACACACGACAAGAUCUCCCGAGAUGAAGCGAUUAAUAAGGUCCGUCUGGAGGCAGAGGAGCACAUCAGAGAGAAGUUCCCGCAGUCAGAGACGUUCGAGGUGGUGGAGGCCUUCAACAGCGUCUCCAGAGAGGUCUUCAGGAAUCUGGUUCUCGAUGAAUACAGGCGGUGUGACGGCAGAGAUCUGACGUCUCUACGCAACAUUUCCUGCGAGGUGGACGUCUUCAAGCCGCUCCACGGCUCGGCUCUCUUUCAGAGGGGUCAGACGCAGGUGCUGUGCUCCGUCACGUUUGACUCUCUGGAGUCCAGUAUGAAGCCAGACGUGAUAACCACCGCGCUCAGUGGAGUCAAAGACAAGAACUUCAUGCUGCACUAUGAAUUUCCUCCGUAUGCGACCAACGAGAUCGGGAAGGUGGGAGGAAUCAACCGGCGAGAGCUGGGUCACGGAGCGCUGGCGGAGAAGGCGCUGAGGCCCAUCAUUCCUCCAGAUUUCCCCUUCACCAUCCGCGUCACGUCUGAGGUGCUGGAGUCCAACGGCUCGUCGUCUAUGGCCUCGGUGUGUGGCGGCAGUUUAGCGCUCAUGGAUGCAGGUGUGCCCAUCUCCACCGCUGUAGCCGGCGUCGCCAUCGGCCUCAUAUCUAAAGCCAAUCCUGAGAAAGCGUCAGAGAUCCAGGACUACAGGCUGCUGACUGAUAUUCUGGGGAUAGAGGACUACAAUGGAGACAUGGACUUCAAGAUGGCAGGCAGCAGUAAAGGGAUCACGGCUCUGCAGGCUGACAUUAAAGUCCCGGGACUUCCUCUGAAGAUCGUGAUGGAGGCCAUACAGCAGGCCACAGUGGCCAAACGAGAGAUUUUAGGCAUCAUGAAUAAGGUCAUCUCCAAACCCAGGAGCUCCAGGAAGGAGAACGGCCCGCUCGUUGAGAACGUCAAAGUGCCUCUGUCUAGGAGAGCUCUGUUUGUGGGUCCAGGAGGAUUCAGUCUGCGCAGACUGCAGGCUCAGACAGGUGUGACUAUCUCUCAGGUGGACGAGGAGACGUUCUCUGUGUUUGCUCCGACGCCCGGCGCCAUGAGCGAAGCGCAGGAGUUCAUCCGUGACGUCUGCAGAGAUGAUCAGGAGCAGCAGCUGGAGUUCGGAGCCGUGUACACAGCCACCAUCACAGAGAUCAGGGACAUCGGUGUGAUGGUGAAGCUCUAUCCCAACAUGAGCGCUGUGCUCCUACACAACUCACAGCUGGACCACAAACGGAUCAGACACCCGAGCGCUCUGGGACUGGAGGUGGGCCAGCAGAUCCAGGUGAAGUACUUCGGCCGCGACCCGACGGACGGCAGGAUGAGGCUGUCUCGUAAGGUGCUCCAGUCUCCGGCGGCGGCGGCGGUGAGGAGUCUGAGCGACAGACACAGCAUCUCUGUGGGAGCGUCCGGAGAGCAGAGCCCAGACUCUUAGAGCAGCUCACACUCUUUUGUACACUGUGUAUUUUAUAAUAAAUGCUCUUAUUAUGUA